AUGAGUUACAAGACCAACUAUGAGCUUUACUCUCGGGGAAGCAUCGACAGCAGACGGUCACCUCCGCCAGAUGAGUUGUUGCUCUCACCGUUAGCAGAAUUGUACCCGCAUGUCGCGGCCCUGCAGCCACAGUACAAUCCCAGUAACUGCACCUUCACCGGCUACCAUGAGACGGGAUAUUGGGCUGCGGCCUAUACCACUCAGCCUCGAGAGGACUCUUUUUCCAUGCCAAUUCGUCGCGGCACGGGUAAGUCCGAACUUGGUCCUAUUUUGUUCGGUCGCAUAUAG